AUGGGCAACCGUUGCUCUGCAAGCCAAGGUGACGGAAAUGUUCAACCCGGUGGCAAUGCGACAAAAUUCGUGCAUCCGCAGUUUUUCCCAUUCUAUGUGGUCAAGAUCGGUGACCUGCUUACUAUGGAAAUGCCAGCUCCGUCACAUACAGACCUUUUUAAUAGAGGUCUUCUGCAUCUAUGGCACCCAGAUAUGUUUACAAUAUUCGUGUCUCACCAAUGGUUGGGGCGAUUUCACCCUGACCCGGAUGGUUCACAGUUUAAUAUUCUCCGGGAGGCGUUGUUGAAACUGACAAACGGUUCGGCGUCAGUGGAGUGCAACCUUGUGAGCAUUAUUCAUGGCCAGCUACCCGAUUGGUCUGCAGACAUGGGCAAACGAUUGGAAAAUGGCUUCAUCUUUCUGGACUGGUUUUCGAUCCCUGAGAUUCUCGCAAGACAGUCGGACAGCUAUGACGACGAAUCUUGCAGCACAACGAUGGCGGUUCGCAGCAUUCCGUGCUACGUGGAGGCAUGCGACCUUUUCUUCGUCCUCGCCCCCGAACUGAGGCAUGUUGACACAGGCAGGCUGUGCAACUAUGCAUCCUGGCUCUCGAGGGGUUGGUGCCGGGCAGAGCUCUGGUGCCGCCUACUCUCGGCGAAAGCCGCCGACACAAGCAUAGUGGUUGUACGCUCUGCGGAGGAGUUGGAGUUCAUGUUCCAGCUGGACUGGCAGCACAACACCAUCGCCGACGGCGUCUUCACAGUGGAGGCGGACCGUGCCCGAGUGGCUAGGCUUGGCGAGGCGGCAGCAGAGGGAAAGCUGCGGCAGCUCCGGGAGUCGGGGCCCAGGGACUUCUACCGCUUCUUCUUGGCGCAUCGUGAAAGGCUCCUCGGAAGGGCGCGCCACCGCUGGCAGCUGCAGGACUUCCUCGAUCAGUUUCAUUUCGAUGACCUGGAGGCAGCAGCCGGUGAAGGAGUUAUGACGGGCGUGCUUUGCGCGGUCUUCGCAGGGGAUUCUGAAGUUUUGACAGCGCUGGUGGAAGCCCGGGCAGAUGUGAACCGCAGCAUCCACGGGCUCUCUGACCUGGGCUACUUUGAUGGCAUGUCCCCUCUCACAGUUGCAACUCGAUCGAAUCAAGAUCCUGAGAUGCUCUCCAGUCUCCUGAUGCUCCGUGCGGAUGUCAACUAUCGUGUUCCGAUGUCCGGGGCCUGUGCUGCACAUGUUGUCCGAAGCCCCGAACAGUUCCGAGUUCUGAAAGAUGCCGGCGUUGACUUCCUUUCAAUCGCCAUGCCCAUCGGCAUGACCCCGCUGACGUCGGCGGCUGGGUUUGCAUCUGCUGAAGUAGUUUCAGCUCUCUUGGGGGCAAGAAGUGAUCCCAAUCCUCCUUUGCAGGGUCUGGGCUGGAGCCCCUUGCAUGCAGUGGCCCUCUUCUCUAGGGGUCGGGCAGAUGCUGUGGAGAUCGUGCAUCUGCUGGUGAAAGCGCAGGGGGACCUGAACGCGAAGGCCCAGAUGUCCGGGCCUUUGUCCUGGAUCGCUCGGGCCAUGAAAGCCCAAACCGCCUUUUGGGGCCUCUCAGCCUGUGGAUCGAAAACCCGCUGCCUGGCGAGCUUGCCUGGCAUCGCACCCUUGGGUGCGGCUGCCUUGGCCGGUGAUGAGACGCUGACCAGGCUAUUUUUAGAUUUAGGUGCAGGGACUGCGGCAAACGACAUGGGCAGCCUUCCGGAGGAACUGGCCCAAGCCAAUCGCCACGCAAGCGUGACGUCUCUCCUCGACUUCGUGUCGAUCUGA